AUGUCAGCUACUAUGACAACUGUCGUCGAGCCCAGCAAAGCUGGAGACAGGACGGAGACACAUGCAAAACCAGAAAUAGGAUUAACUGGUCGUAAGAUUGUCUACGACAAAGAUGGCAAACCUUGUCGAACUUGUAAUACAUUACUUGAUUUCCAAUUCGCCACUGGAAAAGCACCAAUCGCCAAUAAAAAAGCUGAAGAACCAUCUUCAUCUACAACCGCAACAACAACGACCACCACCAACACAACUCAACAACACAAACCUAAAAUGGGAGGAUACGCCAAAGACGACCCGCCUGAUGUUGCCGUCCUCGGAAGAUCCACCUGGACAUUACUCCAUUCCAUAGCUGCCACCUAUCCCGAAACUCCCUCCAAUAAGCAACAACAAGAUAUGAAGCAAUUUAUAAAUUUAUUUUCCGGAAUAUACCCCUGUUGGUUUUGUGCCGAAGAUUUUCAGAAAUAUAUAAAGAAGAAUGAACCAAAAGUUGCCAAUCAAGAUCAAUUAGGUAAAUGGUUUUGUGAAGCUCAUAAUGAUGUGAAUAUAAAAUUAGGAAAGCCGAAAUUUAAUUGUGAUUUAUGGAAGAAGAGAUGGAAAGAUGGCUGGGAUGAUGAAGAAUAG